AUGGCAUUUUCUAAGGUUCUAUCUGCAGCUCUUUUGUUCUCUUUAUUUUUCUUUGCUUUUCAAGCUUUUGGUGAUGACUUUCAAAGUCCCACCCCUUCACUGAUUGUGAAUGCCAAGUUUGGAAGAAAAAUUCCUGAAACUUUCUUCGGAAUAUUUUUUGAGGAAAUUAACCAUGCUGGAGCUGGAGGAUUAUGGGCUGAGCUUGUUGAUAACAGAGGUUUUGAAGCUGGAGGUUCUCAAGUUCCUUCAACCAUCUUUCCAUGGUCUGUUAUUGGUGAUGAAUCAACUAUUCUUGUGGCUACGGAGCGUUCAUCUCCUUUUCCUCGCAAUGAAAUUGCUGUGAAAUUAGAUGUUUUUAAUAGUACUUCAAUACCUGUUGGUAUUUCUAACCCUGGUUUUUGGGGCAUGAAUAUUGAGCAAGGGAAAAAAUAUAAAGUGGCUUUUUAUGUGCGAUCAGCAAAACCAAUUGAUCUGAAAGUCUCAUUUGUGGGAGCAGAUGGAAGAGACCUAGCUUCUAAACACAUUAGAAAAUAUGUUCCAAAGUGGAAGAAGGUAGAGUUUGUUCUUGAAGCCAAGGCAUCGGAUUUUAAUUCAAGUCUUCAGAUAACAACAACCAAACAGGGAACAUUUUGGUUAGAUCAAGUUUCAGCUAUGCCUCUAGACACACACAAGGGACAUGGUUUUCGGAAGGAUCUUUAUCAAAUGAUUGCAGAUUUGAAACCGCGAUUUCUUAGAUUUCCAGGUGGCUGUUAUGUUGAAGGAGAUUAUUUGAGGAAUGCAUUUAGGUGGAAAGAUUCCGUUGGACCGUGGGAGAAAAGACCAGGUCACUUUAAUGAUAUGUGGGGUUAUUGGACCGAUGAUGGCUUUGGCUAUUUAGAAUUUCUUCAACUUGCAGAAGAUCUUAAUGCACUCCCAAUAUGGGUGUUCAACAAUGGUAUAAGUCAUCAUGAUCAAGUCAAUACGUCUGACAUUGCUCCUUUUGUGCAAGAAGCUUUAGAUGGAAUUGAGUUUGCAAGAGGUCCUAUCUCAACAAAGUGGGGCAAAUUAAGAGCUGAGCUUGGGCAUCCUGAGCCUUUUGAUUUACGUUAUGUGGCUAUUGGAAAUGAGGAUUGUGACAAGUAUAACUAUUUGGGAAACUAUCUCAAGUUUUACGAGGCCAUCAAGCAUCACUAUCCAGAUAUAAAAACCAUCUCAAACUGUGAUGCUACUAAAAAACCUUUGGAAAUGCCAGCUGAUUUUUAUGACUUCCACAUUUAUACAAAUUCCAAGGAUAUCUUCUCCAAGUAUAACAUGUUUGAUUAUCAAAAUCGUACUGGUCCAAAGGCUUUUGUUAGUGAAUAUGCAGUUUGGCAAGAAGAUGCUGGCAAUGGAACCCUUCUGUCAGCUUUAGGUGAAGCUGGUUUCCUAAUGGGUUUAGAAAAGAACAGUGAUCUAAUUGAAAUGGUUAGUUAUGCGCCACUAUUUAUAAAUGCUAAUGACCAUGCUAAUGAGAAGCGGUGGCUACCAGAUGCAAUCGUGUUUGAUUCUUAUCGACAUUAUGGCAUUCCAAGCUAUUGGCUGCAACAUUUAUUUGUCAAGUCAAGUGGAGCAAUAUAUCUUGACUCAGUACUUGAAGCUCCAUCAUCAGUUGUUGCAUCUGCAAUUAGCUGGCAAGAUGAAGAGACUAAGAAGGAUUAUUUGAGAAUCAAGGUUGUGAACUUUAAUGAUAACUCAACGUCUCUUAAUAUUAAAAUCAAUGGUUUGGAUGAGAAUGUUGAUUUCACUGACUCAACAAAGAUUGUACUCACUUCGGCUAAUGUCAUGGAUGAGAAUAGCUUCAAUGAGCCUAGAAAGAUUGUACCAACAAUGAGUCCUCUUGAUAAUCCCGGCAAGGAGAUGCUUGUUACACUUCCAGCAAAUUCAAUUACAGCUUUUGAUUUGCCAAAGUAAUAUGGGAGAGAGUGAAAAUGUUUUUAUUCCUUUAAAUAAAUAAAUUUAGGCAUGGAUAUAUU